AGCCUCGGCGGCCGCCGCCGCCACGAACUCUCUGACUGCUCAGGUGGCUGUCGCUCCGAUGCCCUAGUCCAGGGGCCCCCCGGCCGGACUCGGCUGGGCUCCCUUCACCCUCUGCUGGAACCAUGAGGGCGAUCGGGGCUCUGCAGGUGCUGGGCUUGCUUCUCAGCCUGGCCCGGGGCUCAGAGGUGGGCAACUCGCAGGCAGUGUGUCCUGGGACUCUGAAUGGUCUGAGUGUGACUGGUGAUGCUGAAAACCAAUACCAGACAUUGUACAAGCUCUACGAGAGGUGUGAGGUGGUGAUGGGUAACCUGGAGAUUGUGCUCACAGGACACAACGCUGACCUUUCCUUCCUGCAGUGGAUCCGAGAAGUGACAGGCUAUGUCCUUGUGGCCAUGAAUGAAUUCUCUAUACUACCAUUGCCUAAUCUCCGAGUGGUACGGGGGACCCAGUUCUACGAUGGGAAGUUCGCCAUCUUUGUCAUGUUGAACUAUAACACCAAUUCCAGCCACGCUCUGCGCCAGCUCCGCUUUACUCAGCUCACGGAGAUUCUGUCAGGGGGCGUUUAUAUUGAGAAGAAUGACAAACUUUGCCACAUGGAUACAAUUGACUGGAGGGACAUCGUGAGGGACCGAGAUGCCGAGAUAGUGGUGAAGGACAAUGGCAGAAACUGUCCCCGGUGUCAUGAAGUCUGCAAGGGGCGAUGCUGGGGUCCAGGACCAGAAGACUGCCAGACAUUGACCAAGACCAUCUGUGCUCCUCAGUGUAAUGGUCACUGCUUCGGGCCCAACCCCAACCAGUGCUGCCAUGAUGAGUGUGCAGGGGGCUGCUCUGGGCCUCAGGACACAGACUGCUUUGCCUGCCGACACUUCAAUGACAGUGGAGCCUGUGUGCCCCGGUGUCCACAGCCACUUGUGUACAACAAACUAACUUUCCAGCUAGAACCCAACCCUCAUACCAAGUACCAAUAUGGAGGAGUUUGUGUGGCCAGCUGUCCCCAUAAUUUUGUGGUAGAUCAGACAUCCUGUGUCAGGGCUUGUCCUCCUGACAAGAUGGAAGUAGAUAAAAAUGGGCUCAAGAUAUGUGAGCCUUGUGGAGGGCUGUGCCCAAAAGCCUGUGAGGGGACAGGCUCUGGGAGCCGCUUCCAGACUGUGGACUCGAGCAACAUCGAUGGAUUUGUGAACUGCACCAAGAUCCUGGGCAACCUGGACUUCCUUAUCACCGGCCUCAAUGGAGAUCCCUGGCACAAAAUCCCUGCCCUGGACCCUGAGAAGCUCAAUGUCUUCCAGACAGUACGGGAGAUCACAGGGUACCUGAACAUCCAGUCCUGGCCUCCUCACAUGCACAACUUCAGUGUCUUUUCCAACCUGACAACCAUUGGGGGCAGAAGCCUCUACAACCGGGGCUUCUCUUUGUUGAUCAUGAAGAAUCUGAAUGUCACGUCUCUGGGCCUCCGAUCCCUGAAGGAAAUUAGUGCCGGGCGUAUCUACAUAAGUGCCAAUAGGCAACUCUGCUACCACCACUCUGUAAACUGGACCAGGCUGCUUCGGGGGCCUUCAGAAGAGAGACUUGACAUCAAACAUAAUCGGCCUCGCAGAGACUGCAUGGCAGAGGGCAAAGUGUGUGAUCCACUGUGCUCUUCUGGGGGAUGCUGGGGCCCAGGCCCUGGUCAGUGUUUAUCCUGUCGAAACUACAGCCGAGAAGGUGUCUGUGUGACUCACUGCAACUUCCUGAAUGGGGAACCUCGUGAGUUUGCCCAAGAGGAUGAAUGUUUCUCCUGCCACUCAGAAUGCCUACCCAUGGAGGACACUGCCACAUGCAACGGCUCGGGCUCUGAUGCUUGUGCUCAAUGUGCACAUUUUCGAGAUGGGCCCCACUGUGUGAGCAGCUGCCCCCAUGGAGUCCUAGGUGCCAAGGGCCCCAUCUACAAGUACCCAGAUGCUCAGAAUGAAUGUCGGCCCUGCCAUGAGAAUUGCACCCAGGGGUGUAAGGGACCGGAACUACAAGACUGCUUAGACCAAACACUAGUGCUAAUGAGCAAAACCCAUCUGGUAAUGGCUUUGACAGUAGGCUUGGCUGUGAUUAUCCUGGCCCUGGGAGGCAUUCUUCUCUACUGGCGUGGGCGCAGGAUUCAGAAUAAAAGGGCUAUGAGGCGCUACUUGGAACGGGGUGAGAGUAUAGAGCCUCUAGACCCCAGCGAGAAGGCAAACAAAGUCUUGGCCAGAAUCUUCAAAGAGACAGAGCUAAGAAAGCUUAAAGUACUUGGCUCAGGUGUCUUUGGAACCGUACACAAGGGGGUGUGGAUUCCUGAGGGUGAAUCCAUCAAGAUUCCAGUCUGCAUUAAAGUCAUUGAGGACAGGAGUGGACGGCAAAGUUUUCAAGAUGUGACAGAUCAUAUGCUGGCCAUUGGCAGCCUAGACCAUGCACACAUCGUACGGCUGCUGGGACUAUGCCCAGGGACAUCUCUGCAGCUUGUCACUCAGUACUUGCCUCUGGGCUCCCUCCUUGAUCAUGUGAGACAGCAUCGUGGGGCACUGGGGCCACAGCUGCUGCUCAACUGGGGAGUACAAAUUGCUAAGGGUAUGUAUUACCUGGAGGAGCAUAGCAUGGUGCAUAGGAACCUGGCUCUUCGGAAUGUGCUGCUCAAGUCACCCAGUCAGGUUCAGGUGGCAGAUUUUGGCGUGGCUGACCUGUUACCACCUGAUGAUAAGCAGUUACUACACAGCGAGGCCAAGACUCCAAUUAAGUGGAUGGCCCUUGAGAGUAUCCACUUUGGGAAAUACACCCACCAGAGUGAUGUCUGGAGCUAUGGUGUAACAGUUUGGGAGUUGAUGACCUUUGGGGCAGAGCCCUAUGCAGGGUUGCGACUGGCUGAAAUCCCAGACCUGCUAGAGAAGGGGGAGCGGUUAACACAGCCCCAUAUCUGCACCAUUGAUGUCUACAUGGUCAUGGUCAAGUGUUGGAUGAUUGAUGAGAAUAUUCGCCCAACCUUUAAAGAACUAGCUAAUGAGUUCACCAGGAUGGCCCGUGACCCACCACGGUAUCUGGUCAUAAAGAGAGAGACUGGGCCUGGACUACCUCCUGGGGCAGAGCCCUCUGCUCUGACAAACAAAGAACUAGAGGAAGUAGAGCUGGAGCCAGAACUGGACAUAGACCUAGACUUGGAGGCGGAGGAGGACAGCCUGGCUACCACACUGGGCUCUGCCCUCAGUUUACCAGCUGGAACGCUUACUCGGCCUCGUGGGAGCCAGAGUCUUGUAAGUCCCUCAUCUGGAUACAUGCCCAUGAACCAGAGUAAUCUCGGGGAGGUUUGUCUGGACUCUGGAGUUUGUGGGAGUAGUGAGCAGUGCCCCCGUCCCAUCUCUCUGCAUCCAAUUCCACGGGGACGGCUCACAUCGGAGUCAUCAGAGGGCCAUGUGACAGGCUCAGAGGCAGAGCUCCAAGAGAAAGUGUCAAUGUGUAGAAGCCGGAGCCGGAGUCGGAGUCCACGCCCACGUGGAGACAGUGCCUACCAUUCACAGAGACACAGCCUGCUUACUCCUGUUACCCCACUCUCCCCACCAGGGUUAGAGGAAGAGGAUGUCAAUGGUUAUGUCAUGCCAGAUACACACCUCAAAGGUACAUCCUCCAGGGAAGGCACCCUUUCUUCAGUGGGUCUCAGUUCUGUGCUGGGAACUGAAGAAGAAGAUGAAGAUGAGUAUGAGUACAUGAACCGGAAGAGAAGAAGUAGUCCACCUCGCCACCCUAGGCCUGGCUCCCUUGAGGAGCUGGGAUAUGAGUACAUGGAUGUGGGAUCAGACCUUAGUGCUUCUCUGGGCAGCACACAGAGUUGCCCUCUCCACCCUGUGCCCAUUAUGCCCUCUGCUGGCACAACUCCAGAUGAAGACUAUGAAUAUAUGAACCGGCAACGUGAUGGAGGGGGUGCAGGAGGCGACUAUGCGGCCAUGGGUACCUGCCCAGCAACUGAACAAGGGUAUGAAGAGAUGAGAGCUUUCCAGGGGCCAGGACAACAUGCUCCCCAUGUCCGCUAUGCCCGUCUCAAAACUCUGAGGAGCUUAGAAGCCACUGACUCUGCCUUUGAUAAUCCUGACUACUGGCAUAGCAGACUUUUCCCUAAAGCCAAUGCCCAGAGAACAUAACCUCCGCUCCUUGAAACACUUGGGGAGCAUUUGAUGGCAGCUAGUGCCUCUAGAGGGUACUCUUUCCUACCCCCUCUCCCUCAGUCUCAGCCCUGUUUGUCCAGUUCUAGACAAUUCUAUUCGUCCUUCAAAGGCUUUUAAACACUUCCACACAAAAUUCUUGUGGUGUGUAACCAGCUGUGCACUUUCUUCUCUUUGACAACCCCAGGAAAAGAGGUUUUUCCUAUUUUGUAUACUUUCCUAAUCCCGUUCCUCAGCUUCCUCAGGGUGACUCCCUGGAGAUAUGAAGGAUUACUUCCUAAAUUCCUUUCUCCCAGGCUCUUCCUUGUUGGGAUUAGACUCUUAAGUUUUGACUUUGUUUCCUAUCAGACUGUCCUAAGGAAGAGGAGAUAGAGUAAUCUGGCAGAGCAAUGUAAAAUUUCAGUUUAUGAGACUCUUAAUCCCAUGGAAAGAUUGAGAAGUUUAAAACUUUGUAGAAUAAGGAAAGAAGUUAGGAUACUGAUGACUAGUAAUUGAUCAUUUACUAUGAGCCAGGCCUCAUGCUGCACUUGGCCUACAUCAUCUCAAUUAUUAUCCUUAUAAUUUUGUGAGUUAGAGGUUAUCUCAUUUUAUAAACAGAAUAGUCCCUUUGAGUGUUCCAAGAUACCCAGUAGGUGCUUGAGUCUGUGGAUAGUACUGAAUCCUAUAGUUUUUAAAUUAAUAUUUUAGUUGGUCUACAAACUUGAAUCUUAUAGUUCAAUACCUUUUCCAUCUUAAGAAUUUGUCAUUAAUUUUGGCCAUAAAUCUUGCAGUUUGAAGUGCCACAGCAAAAAAAAAAAAACUAGUACUAAUUUCUUUUUCCAUUUUCUUAAUUUCAUGGAUUUGUUCUUACUGUAGAUCUUGGCAUAUGAGCUCCCCCCAUAUGAACUUAAAACCUUCUACCUUUUCUCUUAAAGAAAGCACUUCUCUUUGAUGUCUAAAUUGCCAGCAUCACUGCUCUUGCACUUUGGGGCCAUUUCUUAAGCAACAUGAGAGUAUAUGAACUUGAACACAAGUACUGUGAUAUAUCACUGUCGGCCAGUCUGAUAACCUGGUGGGUUACUUGGUGACUGAUGAGCAGGUAACUUGUACAGUGUGGAUGCGCUGGGCAAAAAGAUUGACCCACCACAUGGGACAGGAUGGUUGGAAUUGCAUCAUGGUACUCAGAAUGGUGUGCAAUGUAAACCUCUUAGGAAUUAUUUCUGGAAUUUGUAAUUCAACAUUUUCAGACUGUAGCUGAUCACAGGUUACUAAAACUGUGGAAACCAAACCUCAGAUGAGGGACUGAGCCUUGAAGAAAUUAAGCAGCAGGUCCAGGAUUCAAAAAUCUUCCUAAUUCCAAUGCAUGUGGGUUUUUUUUGUUUGUUUGUUUUUUGUUUUUGGUCUUUUUGAGACAGGGUCUCCCUGCAGCUCCAAAUGU